AUGAGCGAUCUGAAGAAUGAAAAGAUCACCGCUGUUGUCGAGCAAGUGGAGGAUCUGACGGAACUGAAGACCGAAGCAAAAGCCGAUUACUCAGGAGCACGCGAGAAGACGGACCCAAAAGAGAUCGCUCUUGUCAAGAAACUCGACAGAUGGAUUAUGGUACGUACCUCAAUACCCGGAGAUCUAACAUAUCACACUCUAACGGAUUGUUCAGCCCAUGUUAUGGAGCAUGUACUGGCUCAACUAUCUCGAUCGAAAUGCCAUUGCACUGGCUCGAUUGAAUCGACUUGAGGAGGAAUUGAACCUGACAGGCAGUCGUAAGUAUUCCCUUCCCAGAAGCCUACAAGUUGUAACAAAUUCGCUGACUCGAACUUUAGAAUACCAAACCUGUGUCUCUAUCCUGUUCGUCGGUUACCUAUGCGGUCAACUUCCAUCAAACAUGUUCCUUAACCGAACUCGUCCCUCUCGCUACAUGGGUUGUGCAAUGAUGCUCUGGGCUGUUGUCUCUGCACUUACUGCCGUAGUACACGACUACAAAGGUCUCGUCCUUGUUCGUUUCUUCCUUGGUCUCACAGAAGCCCCAUACUACCCCGGUGCCGUCUAUAUCCUCUCCAUCUUUUACACCAGAAAGGAAAUCGCCACCCGAAUUGCCAUUCUGUACACUGGAAACGUCCUAGCUACCGCAUUUGCUGGUCUCAUCGCAGCAGGUGUCUUCCAUGGUUUGGAUCGCGUGCACGGCCUCUCUGGUUGGCAAUGGCUUUUUAUCCUGCAGGGAGUGGUAACUUUCGCCGUUGCUGUGGUUGGAUACUUCGUCCUACCUGAUUUCCCCCAUGAUACCAAAUGGUUGACUCCUGAGGAGAGACUUCUUGCGACCCAAAGAAUGGUUGAGGAUACUGCUGGUGGUGAAGAAGCUUCAGGUGUCUUUGAGGGACUUAAGCAGGCUGGCAUGGACCCUUGCGUCUGGAUGUUCGCUUUCAUGGCUCAUAUGCACUUGGCUGCCAACGGUUUCAAGAACUUUGUAAGCUUCUAUGAACGUGCCUUGGAUAUACAAAUACUAAUCAAGAAAACAGUUCCCAACCGUCGUUGAGACACUUGGUUACAAUCAAACAAUCACUCUUGUCCUUACUUGCCCACCUGUAAGACCCCUAACGCAUCAACCCAGGUCAAAAUCUAAUCUUGUAUAGUAUCUCAUCGCAGGUUUCUUCACUAUCGGUGUCUCUUGGUUGUCUGGUAAACUCAAUGAGAGAACCUGGCACAUCACCGUAUCCAAGGCUGUCGCAAUCGUCGGUUUCGUACUCGGAGCAGUAACCACUAACCUUGGCGUCAAAUAUUUCUCCAUGAUAGUGUUCUGUAUCGGAACAUAUGCAGUAAACAGUUUGAUUCUCGGAUGGGUUGGUUCCACCUGUGGUCAAUCCAAAGAGAAGAAGGCUGCUGCCAUCGGCAUAGUCUCAACCGUUAUGAACGCCAGUUUCGUUUGGACUCCAGUACGUACUACCCCUCUGAAAUCUAUGUCCCAAUUCUAACAACAAUCCAAGUAUCUAUGGAACAAGGCCGAUGCCCCACAAUAUCAGCCAGCCAUGUUCUCAUCUGCUGCUUUCUCGGCAGCCACUGCAGCAACAGCAUGGGCAGUCAAGAUCGUUAUGAUGAGAAGAAACAAACAGCUGAAGGAGUCAGGAGGCGAAAAUCUUGCCUUUUUCGUUUAUUGA